AAUAAAUUAAUUCAGAUAUGUUUUUAAGGAAUAGAUUUCAUUCUCUUCGUAAAUUGGCUUAAUUUUGCACAGCUGAGAGCGUCUCAGGAAAGAAAUCCCCAGCAGCUUAAACUUCAUAAACAAAAGUGGAAAGAAAUUACUAAUUACAAUUCUCAAAGUCAGCAUUAGUUGAUUUUGGAGAAUUACCAACAGGUGAAAUUCCUGAAGCCUUAAAAUAUGAUAGACCAUAAGGUAUGAAUAUAAUAAUAAUAAAUUAAGCUUUAACUUAAUUGGAGAGUGGUCUUAGAGUAGUGUCUGAAUAAUACAAUUCUCCAUUAGCUUCAAUAACAGUAGCAGUAAAGGCAGGCUCAAGAUUUGAAACUUUAGAAAGUUCAGGUGUUUCAAAUUUCAUUUCAAAAUUAAAUUUGAGAGUAGGAAUAAUUAAUUAUGUUAGGGUACAACAACAAGAUCAAGAGAAUAAGUUGAAGCAGAAAUUGAUUACUUGGGAGGAUCUUUAAAAGUUAAAUAAGGUAGAGAAUUAUAGACUUAUACACUAACAUUUUUACCAUCAGAAUUAGAGAGAGCAGUAAAUUUUUUAGGAGAUAUAUUGACAAAUUCAUUAUAUUCCCCAGCAUAAAUUGAAGCGGAAAGAGAAGGAAUAUAUAGAGAAUCAGUUAGCAUAAAUGAUUAAUACAGAGUAGUAGCAGAAUCUGCUCAUUAUACUAAUUAUAGAGAUCAUUAUAUGGGUUAACCAGCAGCAGGAAUCAGAGAUAAUAUUCCAAAUGUUACAGAAGAAUAAAUAAGAUAAUUCCAUAAGGCUAAUUUUGUUGCACCAAAUGUUGUAGUAUCAGCUGCUGGUAAUGUAAAUCAUGAAGAUUUUGUAUCUGCUGUUGAUAAAGCAUUUAAAGGAUUAGGUACAUCUGUACCAACUGAAGUACCUAAUUCAGAAAAACCAUAUGCUACACCAUCAAUCAUGGUAU